AUGGACGCUCAGUCAGGCCUGACCAUGCACAACUACAAGCAGGACGGUCUUUUCGCAGCCAUCGUUGUCGGCUUCGUGGCCUCGUCCCUUUCGACCGGCUUCCGAUUUUGGGCGAGGCGAAGAACGGUCAGGGUCUGGCGGCGCGAUGACUGGCUUAUGCUCGCUGGACUGCUCUGGAGCUGGGGCGUCAUUGCAGCCAUACUACAUGGACUGACUGUCGGAUUGGGUGAGGAGGCCCCUACGACAGACCACGACAAACUAUGGCUCCCGAGAACCAACGCGGCCAUGUUGAUGUUUCAAAACUGGGGGGCCUUUUGCGUCAAGGCAUCAAUCCUCUUCUUCAACAUGAGCAUUUUCAAGGGGAAGAUCUCAACCAAGCUCGCAUGGGCAGUUUUUGCCGUAACCCUGAUCAAUUCGUUUACCGGAUUCUUCAUUGCAUUUCUCCAGGAGAUCGCCGCCUGCCCUCGAGCCGACAAGCAGUGUUUUGGCGAGUCGAAGUUUGUUGUCCCACUGACCACCGGUAUCAUCUCGACCAUGUGCGACGUUGUCAUCUAUGUCAUGCCCAUCCCGAUUUUGGCCAAACUUGGUGUGGACAGAAGGACGAAGCUUGGCCUCUGCUGUGUCUUUCUCCUCGGUCUUCUUUGCAUCGCUACUAGCUUUGCGCGAUGGGCGGCCAUGUUACAGAGCCACCCCAAAGAUGAUGUUACAAUGCCCAGCAGUAUUGGCAUUAGUCUAUGGACAUUUGUUGAAUUGUCAGCGGGCAUCACAUGCGGCAACCUCCCUGUCCUGGCACCCAUGUUUGGCUGCGUCGGCCCACGGCGCGGAAGAGGAACCGCCCUGUUCGUCGCUGCGGAAGAUGGAAACGCCCUCACCUUUGCACCUCUCUUUCACUGGAAGCGACAUCGAGCUGAAUGUUCUGUCAGCUCCCGCGGCAAGCGGUGCGAGCACAACGCCAGCGGAUCCGCCACAGCCUCUCACUAG